UACUGAGGAUGCAAACAAGAGAAAAAAAGACCCUCUUCUAUUCCAACUGACCACAAAAACCUCGGCGGUGAGAUUUCUGCAGAACAGCGAGACAGGAAGUGAACCUUAAGACGCCCAGCAUCCCCUUAAAUCCUCUCAUCACUCUUCAGCGAUCGAAAUCAAAGAAAACAUCACAAUGAGCUUUUCAGCGAUUCCACCUCUCCUUCUUCUCCUUCUUCUUCAUCCAGGAUAUGCUCUGAUCUCAGUGACAUCAUUUGGACUCGGGGAACCCGGCACUUUGAUGUGUCCGUUGCCUGAUUUUGAGUACAGCAACACUCGAGUGAAGUGGUACAAGCAGAGUGUCGGUGACACGCUUGUGCUGAUCACUUCUCUGAUGAAAGGGGCUGCAAAGUCCAAUUUUGAAAAAUCGUUUCCUUCGUACCGAUUUGAGGCGAACAUCACUGCGACCAUGUGCUCUCUGACCAUUCUGAAGACAGUGCCGGAGGACGAGGCGGUGUACCACUGUGCCAUCUCUACCUGGAACCAGGAUCAUUGGAGUGGGACGUAUUUGUCUAUAAAAGGAAACGCUGAGAGGAUAACAGACAUCACUGUGGCUCAGUGGCCGACAGUUUCUCACUCUGUCCGUGCAGUAGACUCGAUAACUCUGCGAUGUUCAGUCCUCUCCGACUCCCAGAAAACGACCUGUCCAAGUGAGCACAGCGUGCACCUGAUUGGAGUGCGAUCAGAUGAAUCACGUGCUAACAUCAUGUACACUGAUGGAAACAGAGGUGAUAAAUGUGACAAUAAAUCUGAAGAGCAUCCAGCUCCAAAGACCUGUAUCUACCACUUCUCUAAGAACGCCCCCGCUGCAGACGAUGGCACGUUUUACUGCGCCAUGGCCACAUGUGGAGAGGUUUUAUCUGACAACGGAACCAAACUGGAAGGCAGCAGUUUGUGGUCCUUUGAGUUAAUGAAAGACACCAUCAUUCUGUGUCUGCUGUCUGCUGUCCUGGUCAUCAGUGUGACCGUCAUGGCCCUCCUCAUCUACGGCAUCAAGAAACACACAUGUGAUAACUGCAACGAUGCAGCUGCUGCUGCUGCUCUGCAGGAAAAUGUUGCAAACAGGAAGUUAAAGAGAGACGAUGAAGACACCUGGAUUUAUUCGACUGUCCUCUUUACCGUGAUGAAAACUGGCAGUGGUGGAACAAGGGACGCGAAACAAGACAGAGAGAGAAUCUACGCUGUCAAGGCGCCGGGGUUCGAGUAACUUUUUAGACGGGUCGUUAGCCUUUAUGUAGCUCAGCGUGUGAUCGCUGAUGUUAUCCUGAAAGCCAGAGGUUAAUGAUGCGUCUUUCUUCUUUUUCUGUUGUUUGUUUAAAUGUUUGGCUUGAAGCAGGUGCUGUACAUGAGCGACUAUAUGAAAGUAAAGAAAUGCAUUUUGUGAUAGCAGUAAGCACGGCUACAAGCAGGGCCGCCCCUGGCCAAAGUGGGGCCCAAAGAGGACGUUUUAUUGCCCCCCCUAACCCCCCCUACUUAUACCAUAUAUUUGCAAGAAUGUAUAAAGCUGUAUAUAACAUUUACUGCCAACUUCCACAUAGUCCGUGCACCGCGGUCUGGCAGCGCUGCACCGCUGUAGUCAAAGCUCAUGUUUCCACAGCGAGCGCCGCGGUCU